UGUUUUUACUGGAUUGGAUCUUCUGGACCUCUGAUAACGUUACAAACCUGUUUCUGUUGGAUUAUAAUCGAUCGGUGGAUUAAGUUACUGUGAGGCUUCACAGCGCUGCAGGAGAUAAGAGGUUUCCGACAGUGAACGCAGUAUAAGUAGCAGCAGGAGGUCGGUCUGUGAGGCAGAGUGACUGCAGACACACAGCUGGGUGUGGUGAAGACAGAGGGGGGGAUGGUGGAGGGUAAGAGUCACGGUAUGGGUCUGUUCAGGAGCGUCGAUGUCUUCAAAGGAAUCCCCUUCGCUGACGUCCCUGGAAAGUGGGAGAAACCAAAACCUCAUCCUGGAUGGAGCGGAACCCUGAAGGCGACGAAAUACAGAGACCGCUGCCUGCAGGUGACGCUGCUGCAGACGAAAACCCAGGGCAGCGAGGACUGUCUCUACCUGAACAUCUUCGUUCCACAGGGGAUGAAAUUGUCCACCAACCUCCCGGUGAUGGUGUAUCUGUUCGGCGGAGCCUUCCUGCUGGGGGCGUCCAACGAGGUGGAGAUCCUCGGAGACUCUCUGUACGACGGGAGGGAGAUGGCCGACAGGGGCGACGUCAUCAUCGUCACGGUGAACUACAGAGUGGGUACGAUGGGUUUCCUCAGCACCGGAGACGCCCGGCUGCCAGGUAACUACGGCCUGUGGGAUCAGCAUGCCGCCAUCUCCUGGGUCCGCAGGAACAUCCAGGCGUUUGGAGGAAACCCCGACAACAUUACCAUCUUCGGCCAAUCAGCCGGAGCCGCCAGCGUCAGCUACCAGAUGCUGUCUCCCUACAGUAAAGGGUUGUUCCGCAGAGCGAUCACACAGAGUGGCGUGGCCCUCAGCCCCUGGGCUCUGCAGAAGAACCCCUUGGCUCUCACCAAGAAGAUCGCCCGGAAAGUUGGCUGCUGGAGAAGCAACGUGGACGAGAUGGUAGCGUGCCUGAAGAUAAGCGACCCGGUCGGCCUCACCAUGGCCGGAAAGAUCGACGUGCUGCUUAUUCUGGGAAAAGGUGUGGUCAUGGACCUCCUUGAAUUCUCUCCGGUGGUCGAUGGUGAUUUUAUCCCAGAUGAGCCCAGUAAGCUGUUCCACAACGCAGCUCAGUUUGAUUACCUGGCCGGAGUCAACAACAUGGACGGACACUUCUUUGCUGGAGUUGAUGUUCCUAAUAUCAACAUAAAAAAUGUCACCACUGUGAAGCAGGUGAAAGGUCUGCUGGCUGGUCUGACUAAAGAGAAGGGGAAAGCCGCCAUCGAAUCGGCCUACAGCGUUUACUCGUCUAACUGGGGUGUGGCUCCGGAGCAGGCGGUGGUAAAGAAGACAGUGGCUGACAUCGAGACUGACUUCCUGUUCCUAGUUCCCACUCAGAUCGCCCUCCAGCUCCACGCCGACAACUCCAGCGGAGCCCGUACCUACUCCUACCUGUUCAACAUGAAGACUCGUAUCCCAGGAUUCCCUCGCUGGGUGGAGGCAGAGCACGCUGAAGACCUGCAGUACCUGUUUGGUAAACCCUUCACCUACGCCCUGCUCUACUUCCCCCGACACCGAGAUCUGUCCCGGUACAUGAUCGCAUACUGGACCAACUUUGCCAGGACCGGUGAUCCCAGUAAAGGUGACAAUAAAGUCCCAGUUCUCUGGCCACCCUUCACCAAAUACCACCAACCCUACCUGACCAUCAACCACAAGAUCACCAAGUCCUCCGUCAGCUACGACCUGAGAUCAAACUACGUCGCCUACUGGACAAAAACCUACAGCCUCCUGCCAUCAGUGAAGAGAAAUGGAGGAGGAGAAGAAGAAGAUGGAGCAAUGAAGAGAGAAGAAGAAGAAGAAAAACUGACCCAACUGUCUGCUUAAAGCGCACAAAUGAGUCAAGUUUUACCGGCCGACAGGCUUCGUUCACACUGCUGCUGUUUGGUUCUUCUGAUAAUUACAAACUGUCAUAAUUAUUUAUAAAUGUAAGGUUACUAACAGUAAAGUAGUGUAAUGAGGAUUACAGUAAAUAAACACAGCAAGAGAGUAAUAAAACAUCAGUGAAGACAGUAGCUGUACUCUUUUUCUCUUGUGUAAUAAAAGAAUUUGAACUCUC